AUGACUGAUAAACAGUUUUCAUUCCCCAUAAGAAUUACAUUGAGAGAAGAACAUAAUACUCCAGAUGAAACUGACAAAUCAGCCUUAAAAUUUAUUAACUCAUUUCACCAAAAACAAAGUUAUCAAACGGAUGAUAUAAACAUUUCCCCCCUCAGUCCUGAAAGCAGCAAUAGUGGAAGCAGCAGUACAAUCAAUAAUUCUUUAGCCUUAAACUAUACAACUGCAAAAGAAAAUCAUUUAGAAAAUGAAGUAAAUCAAAUUGUAAAAAAAUUAGAUCAACUUCUUGGAAUGGUGGCUGAUAUCAAAAUCGAUUUAGUAACAAUAAAGGAUGGGUUACCAGAACUGUUUAAAAAUGAUGUUGAUAGUAGUCCUGAUGGUGAGCUGCCACUUCCAUUAACAAAUUUGGAAGAUCUAGAAAUGUACAAUGCAGAACUACUGAAAAGUGAACAGGAACGAAAAAAAUUUGUUAAUUGUUCGCAAUCCAUGCUAGAAAUGUUACUCAGGGCACAGUUUAUUCGGGGACUAUUAGACGCAACAACCCGAGAAAGAAUACUUCAAUUAACAAAUAUUUCUUUUGAAAAGGCAAAAGAAAUUGAUGUAUCUAUUGAAAUUUCUAGAAAAGAAAAUCGUGAUGUUUAUCAUAGUUCCUCAUCUGACAACGAAAAAGAGCUACAAACUUCAGCAAGGAAGAGGAGCAUUUGCUUGUUGCUCUGGUGGGACACCAUAGAGUCAAAAAAAUCUGGGGCCUUUAGUUGGAAACAGAAAGAAGCAGUAUGGAAGAAAUUAGAAAAAGAAUUCAAUUGCAGCAAUACGGCAACAUCUUAUAAAGAUACGAAGACAUUAAAAACUAACGAUAUAGACUUAGCAGUAAAAUAUUUAAUAGGAAAGCAAAUAGACGGCCUACAAAGUGAAUUUGAUUCUGAUGCUGAUGCAAUAAAAGGCUUUUGUGAAUCUGGUGAUGCCUCAAAAGUAGGUGUAUCCAAUUUGGAACUACCUGAAGAUACCCCAGAGUUUAUGUCAUUGGAUAACGGUAAACACAAUUACUUAGAUUCAAGUUUUCAAAAAGUUUUAGAUAAAGCAGAGAAAGAAGUUGAUGCCAAAGGUGAUAAAGAAAUAGACGAAAAUGAUUGGUCAGAUUAUACACCGAAAAUACUUAAAAAACCAGUGACCUCUAAAUUACAGCAAAAGAAAACCCAACACUUUUAUCCAAAAAAAAUAUAAUACUAUUCAGAAUAAUUUAAUGGAAGAAAAACAAAAUUUUUUAGUUACAGCACAAAUCAUUUUUAACAGAACAUCAAGAGAAAUUAAAACUGAUUAAAUUAGAAUGUGAACAGAAG